AUGCCAACCCCUAGACUCGAUCUCCCACCUCCUCCAUCGACGAUUCUUUUCAGCGCAGUCUACCCAAAGAUGGGGGCCUAUGCCCGCACGAGCGGGGACUUGCUGUCAGAUCUUCAGCUUGCAAUUGCUCGUGCUGAGAUGGAGCUCGCUGAGAAGCGUCUGGCCCUUCUCAUGGCCCAGGGCUCUCCAGCGCUGAACGCGUCUCAAAUCAACGGUGCGUCUGCGUUGGGCGAUUUGGAGGUCGAACCUGGCCGCGUCGAGGACAACGCGCCAGGCGGCGAGCCCGGUGAGGCUUCGGUGCACGAAAGUCAUGAUACCGCGGACGUUACGGAAGUUCUGCAAAGUACGCGGGACUCCAGCGUAGCUGAAGAUGCGAACUCCCUGCCGCCUGUGACCACUGCCCAUCACGAACUGGCGCAGGUGCUCGACGACGCUGCAGGCGGUGCGCAUACGGACGACAACGACGACGAUGCGCACAGCGCAGCCGUGCCGGACGAAAAUGACGAGGUGGAAGACCUCGUGCGGGACUCGGACGCUGACGCUGACGCCGACAUGAGCCCGGUAACGGUGAAGAUCGAAGCCGACAAAGCGGAGACGAGCUCGGCACCGACGAACGGGGACGACGAAGACGUCUUGCCCAUCGGGCCGUUUAUCGACCGUGUGCUGCGUUGGGCUGGUCUCGUAUGGUCCGACGCUGAGACCAGGUCGGGUGUGGACUUCGACGCAGCGGCAGACCUGGCAACGGAGAUGAUGGGAUUCGAAAUCGUCAGCGUCCGCGGCGCUCAGGUUGCGUGCCGCGCGCCCCUCGACAUUAGGUCCGCCAAACAAUGGGCUUCGAAGCAGCGGAUGGCGUCGAAAAUUUACGCGACGGUCCCGGAGCCAAACUACACGCAGCUCGUCGCUCAGGCCUGGCGUCAUAUCCGUGAGCAGCCCUUCGAGGACGUCAAAAAGAUGAGCGGUCGGUACGGGCUCAUUGGCGUCGUACGCGCAAUCUACCAGGCCAACGCCGUCGAUUCGGACAAGCAUGAGGACUUCCGCGUCGUCAUGCUCGACGCAGCAGACGCCUUGCGGGCUAUGCGCGCGACCAUCGGGCUUGCACGCGACGCUCAGCCGGGGCCGGUCGCAGCGCCGACCGCAACGGCGUCGAGUACGCUGCUCCAAGUGCUGACGCAGCGCAACGCCGAGCAGGCAGCACAGGCUACGGAGGUCCUUGACCGCAUGAGUAACGGCGACAUCAUCGAGAUCGAGAGCGAUGACGAAGAACCAGUACACGGUUCCAGGAAGGGCGGUAGCGGCAGUGGAGGCGGCAAGGCGAGGAAUGUUCCUGCGAAGCGCAAGCCGACAAGUGCACCGGGGCCUCCGUCGAAGCCGAAGAAGCACAGGCUGUGA